AUGCAAUCACUUAUCCCCCUCAUUAUCCUCGUCGUCGCCGUCAUCGUUCUCUCCGUUGUCGGGUACAUUGCGUACAGUAUCGUCCAAGAAGUCAGCAAGAAUACUCGCUCGAAAAUGGAGAAGAAAAACGUCAUGUUCACGAAGGAUGGAAUGAAAGUUGGAGUGAGGGAGCUGAGUGAGGAGGACUAUGUGGAUCGGAGCCAGAGUAUUCUGGUCAACAUGUGGAAUCAUACCUCGUUUCCGGCGUAUAAGAGUCGGCUCUGGAAUAUGACGGGUUCGACGGCGGGGACAGAGACAGAGAAGAGGAAACCGUACUCGAAAUCGUGA